AUGAAAAAUUCAGUGACAGAAAAUUACAUCGCAACAACAGAUAAAUUAAAAAAUAAUAAUUGUAAUGAUAAAAAAAUAAGAUUGAAAUGUAACAAUUUAGAUAGAAAUGAAAAUAUAGACUAUGAUAUAAUUGAUAAUUUCUGUAAUGCUUUAAAAAAAAAUACAACAUUCAAUGGAACAUUAGAUAUUUCUUAUAACAAUUUAGAUGAGAUUAAUUUAUUUAAAGUUAUGUGUUGUGCUUAUGAAAAUAAAAAUAUUAUUGGUUUAAAUAUAAAAUGUAAUAAAGUAACAAAAAUGAUAUAUAAUAAACUUUUAUUAAUUCUUGAAAAUAAUAAUAUAGAAUAUUUAAAUAUUCAAGAUAUUGAAUUAACUAAUCAAGAAAUUAAAAAUAUUAUUUUUUAUUCUUUAAGCAAGAAUAUUAAAUCUUUUAAAUUACCUUUUCUAAAUAAAGAAACAUUCCAGUACCUAAUUGAAUAUUUAGAAUCUAACGAUUCUCUAACAAAAUUACAUUUUUCUAUUAACAUAAAUAAUCAAAUUAAUUUGAAUAAUAUACAUAAUGAAAAUAUUAUUAAUAAUUAUCAAAAUUAUAUUAAUAAUUUAAAAAAUUUAUUUAAAGAGUUCAUUAAUGUAAUAGAAAACAAAAUAAAUAUAACAAAUGUAAAAUGUAAAAUAAAUUUUCAAGACGAAGAAAUAGAGGAAAUGAUAAGUUUUAUUCAUUCUGUUUGUGAAAAACAUAAAAAAAUUCUUAAAAAAAAUAAAAAAUUUACUGAACAUAAAAUGAAAGUAAAUUCUUCAGAAAUAAUGCAGUUGUUGAUAUCUGAUAUAACAGGAAAAAAUAAGCAUAUUGAAAAAUUUGAAAAAGAAGAACAUACUAUUUUUGAUGAAGACGCAAUUAACACUAUUCAAAAGCUGUUACCUUAA